AUGGAUGCGGUGUCUGUGGGAGCGAUGGGAGGGGUGGGCGCGCGUCGGGUGCCCUCAAUGGUGGCACAACAGGAGUACUUACUUCAGGGAUCAAUUCUGGACGACUCUUGUGAGCAAUUGCUGCACAAAUUGCGGGGUUUUUGCGAUAAUUGCGAUUCCAGUCCCGAGACGUUUCACGACCACGAGAUGGUCUUCACCAUCAGAGCGCCCAACGGUUCCAACACAUCCCUGAGAGUGCGCAAGUCGUUGGAUGUGCCGCACAAUCCCUACCACUUGCGAUACUUAGGCCAACAGGAGUUGGGCGACAAGAAUAGGGCCACAAUUGUCCGCAAUUGCAUCGAUUGCAGCACUUCUUCGGAUUGCGUGCCAUUCCUUCAGGAGAUGGGAUUCAAACUGGACUACGAGUUCGUACUCAAGGGUUAUAUGUUUCGUAAGGGAAGGAUGAAAGUGAUGGUCUCGAAGCUGUUCCGCGUUCAGCCCAACGCCGGUCCCGAAGCACUCGAUCCCAUCUCUCAGUCAUAUUUGGUUGAGUUGAGUGUCAACGCGCCCUCUGGUCAGGAGGGCAUCGCCGACGAGAUGAAACUCUUCGCCGAUUCACUCAAACCACUCGUCAUUCUCGACAAAGUGGACACAAGAAGACUACAGAUGUGA